ACAUCUCUCUAAUUUUUCAGACAAAACCAAACCCAUUUGGACUUUCUUUGUCUCAAUCCUCAAAACUUUCUGAAAGCUUUAAAAAAACCCACAAAGUUUAAGUUUUUGUCCUAUAAGCUUUAUCAAAACCCUCAAAAGGUUGAACUUCUUGCCCUAAGCUUAUAUAUUUUCAUAUUGAAAAGAGGGCAAAAAAUGGGAAGACCACCUUGUUGUGAAAAGACUGCAGUGAAGAAAGGGCCAUGGACACCAGAGGAAGACAUCAUCUUAGUUUCUUACAUCCAAGAACAUGGUCCUGGAAACUGGAGAUCUGUCCCUACUAACACAGGUCUGAGAAGAUGUAGCAAGAGCUGCAGAUUAAGAUGGACUAAUUAUCUUCGACCCGGUAUUAAGCGUGGAAACUUCACUGAGCAUGAAGAAAAGAUGAUUGUUCAUCUCCAAGCCCUUUUAGGCAACAGAUGGGCAGCCAUCGCAUCAUACCUUCCAGAAAGGACAGACAAUGAUAUAAAGAAUUAUUGGAACACUCACUUGAAGAAGAAGCUCAAGAAGAUCAAUGAAUCUGGUCAAGGAGAUCAUGAUGCCUUCUCUUCAUCGAACACUGUUUCACAAAAGCAACAUCAAAGCUCAAACAAAGGUCAAUGGGAGAAAAGACUUCAGACAGAUAUAAACAUGGCAAAGCAAGCUCUAUGCGAGGCUUUAUCUUUAGACAAAAAACCAUCAUCAAAACUUUCUCCAUCUUCAUCAUCAUUGUCAAUCAUACCACAAAACAUCCCUGGUUCUUCUUCCGAUACCACAACCACAAUCACCACUACAAGCAACACCACUACUCAAUUCCUAUCAGGGGUAUAUGCGUCAAGUGCUGAGAAUAUUGCUCGGUUGCUUCAAGAUUUCAUGAAAGACCCACCAAAAACAUUAACUCUUACAUCCUCAUCAUCACCGGUUUCAGAGACCGGUCCACUUGUUUCAGCAGCUACCGAAGAAGGCGGAGAAGGGUUUGAACAAUCUUUUUUUAGCUUCAAUUCCAUGGAACAAACUCAGAAUUUGACUCAGGAGGAAAGCUUCUUCCAUGACCAAGUGAGCAAAUCGGAGAUAACAAUGGAGCAAGACUCUGGUUUGAUAUCGCAAGGAUCUUUAUCGUUGUUUGAGAAAUGGUUAUUUGAUGAGAACAUGGUUGGCAUGUCGUUAGAAGGACAAGAAGCGAUGUGCUAGAACUAAAUCAAGUGGAAUAUUUCUAGAAUAUGAGGGUUAAUUAGUUAUAACCUAUAGUAUGUAUGUUUAUUAUUGCAUUAGGGUUUUAGAGUCUUUAGGAGCUUUUAGCUCUACAACACUCUUUUCCCCUUUUGGUGAUAUAAUCUAUUUUUCUUUUUUAUUGUA